UCGCUCCUGUCACAACUAAAUUUUUUUCGGUAGUAAUAACUUCAACAUUAAAUUAAGAUUAAAUCAUGUGUAUCAUUACAAAAUAAGUGCCAACAAUCCUUAUGUUAACGUAAAAUUGUUUGAUAGUAAUUUUUAUAAGUGAAAAAAGUGGUAAAUGGCAAAGAAAUGGCACAGUUUAUUGACAGUUACGUUCUACAAGUAUUAUUACUUAUUUUAUGCUUUCUGCUAGAAAUAAACUCAAAUAACACGACACAAGUUAACCAAUCAACAAACGCUAAUAUUCCGACGAUACUUAAACCAUUUGAAAAGGCGUCAUUGAACGAAACUAAAGCCAACACAAAAUCUCUUCAUAAUACUCAUAAUGGCAGAGAGCAUGUUACUACCAAACCUAAUUAUUCCCAACAUACCUCGAAGAUAUUAGUUACUAAUCCAGACUUGAAAAAAAAUAAUGAAAGUUCUUUACCUAAAUUGAAUAUUUCAACAACUGUAAAGCCACACAAACCGAUUAUAACUGUACAUGAUGAACUGGUUGAUACAUUGAAAGUACAGGUGAAUAGUCCCAGUAUAUCUCAAAUGGACACCAAUAUGGAUAAAAGAGUGAGGAGAGCGGCUUACAUCAUGCCAAUAGUAGCUGUUAUAUUAUCAGUUCCAUUGGUUGCUGUGCUAAUUUCAUUGUUGUAUAAAAAGGGAAAGGACUGGUGGCAACACAGAAAUUAUAGGCGAAUGGAUUAUUUAAUAGAAGGAAUGUACAACAGCUGAAACUGUAUUGGAACUUUUUGUAGCAAGUUUUUGUAUAUAACUUGAAAUAUUUUGUUUAACGUGCCUUUUCAUAUGCAAUAUAUUUGUGAUAUUCUUGAUAAUAAAGAUUUGUUAUAUUUU